GCGGCCGCGGCGGCUCCCUUGGGCUGGGCGCCCCCCUCCAGCCACACGCCGCUCCCUGCGGGGGCCCUUCCCUCCCAGAGGCCUUUGAGCUCCGGGCGGCAGACGCGGCGGAGGAGGAUGUCGCGAGCGGCUGCCCGGCGUUGGCUCCUCGGAGUUCUGCUCUGGACCCUGAGCCUGGAUGGAGGAGCGGCAGCUGAGGGGCAAAGAAACCCCCAGCCGGAAGUGGUGACUAAAUAUGGGCGUGUCCAAGGCAAACUCGCCAGUGUGGAAGGCGCCAGCCAGCAGGUGAAGGUCUUUCUUGGGAUCCCUUUCGCCAAGCCACCCAUCGGAUCCCUGCGGUUUGCUCCACCACAACCAGCGGAACCCUGGAGCCAUGUGAGAGACUCGACAUUACACCCCCCAAUGUGCCUUCAAGAUCUGGAGUGGGUGGAUGUCAUAAAGAAGAUGCUGAAGGCCAAAUGUCCCAACUUGACAGUGUCUGAAGAUUGUCUCUACCUGAACGUUUUCACACCCGACACCAAAGCCAAAUUGCCUGUGAUGGUUUGGAUCCAUGGAGGCGCCUUGGUGUUUGGGGGGGCUUCAAUCUAUGACGGGUCUGCUCUGUCUGCCUAUGAAGACGUGGUGGUGGUGGUGCUGCAGUACAGGCUGGGUCUUCUGGGAUUCUUCAGCACUGGUUCCGAAGAUGCCCGUGGAAACUGGGGCCUCCUGGAUCAAGUGGCAGCUCUCCAGUGGGUCCAAGAGAACAUCGAGGCUUUUGGAGGAGAUCCCCAUUCGGUGACCAUAUUUGGAGAGUCUGCGGGAGGAUUUAGUGUCGGUGCACAGAUUUUGUCUCCUUUGUCCAAAGGAUUGUUUCACAGAGCUAUAUCAGAGAGUGGAGUUGCCCAGAUUCCAGGCUUCAUUAUCAGUCACCCUGAAGUCAUUGCUAAAAAAGUAGCAAAUGUCUCCGUUUGCGAGUCAAGCAGUUCUGCCAUGGUGCAUUGCUUAAGGAGCAAAACGGAAGAACAACUCGGGGUCUUGAAUGCCAAGUUGAUUCAGGAAAUGAGGAUUUUCCCUGCAGUCGUUGAUGGAGAGUUUAUUCCAAAGGCACCUGAGGAACUCCUGGCUGCAAAAGAGUUCAACACUGUGCCCUACCUAGUAGGCGUGAAUAACAAUGAAUAUGGGUGGCUUAUCUCUGGGGCAACGAAUUUCCCAGGCAUUGCAGAAGGCAUGGAUCGAGAGACCAUCACGGCGUCCUUGCAGCAGAUGGCUGUCUUCUGGAAGUCCCCACCUGAAUAUGUGCAGGCGAUCUUGGAUGAAUAUUUGGGAGACACGCAAGACCCUGUCAAGUUACGAGACAGCUUUCAGGACAUGAUGGGGGAUGCUCUCUUUGUGGCUCCUGCGAUUCAGAUCGCUAGACAUCAUCGAGAUGCUGGUGCUCCCACCUACUUUUACGAAUUCCAGCACCGACCCACUAUGUUUAAAGAGACAAAACCAGCAUUUGUACGGGCAGACCACGGCGAUGAAGUUGGUUUUGUCUUCGGAGGGCCGUUCUUAAGAAGCGACUCCAUAGUGCUUAGUGAAUCUACGGAGGAAGAGAAACAGCUUAGCCGGAUCAUCAUGAAGUACUGGGCUAACUUUGCUCGCAAUGGCGAUCCCAACGGCCAAGGUCUGGUGGACUGGCCACGCUACAGACUGCAUGGCGAGUAUCUGGAACUGAACCUGAAGCAGAGGAAAGCAGAGCAGCUGAGGAAGACCCACGUUGACUUCUGGUUGAAGACCUUGCCUGAGAAACUGAAGAAAAUGAGAGACGGCAAGGAAACGCACGAGGAGCUGUAGCGGACGAUGCCAUCACAAGCUCACAUUGUUUGCAUCCCCACACAAGCACUGGCAUCACGAGGCAUCUGAUUGCUGUUUCAGUCUGAAAGAUCUCUUUGUCAAAGCAUGAAGCAGGGGCAGGAGCAGGGGUGGGGGGCAGGCAGAGCUGCUGCUCUUGACGCUUCUUAGGCAGCAGAAAUACCAGGGGGUGUUGCGGAUUGAGAAUGUAGGCCCUGAUUUUAUUGGUGAUGAGGAGUCUGAAGCCCUGGGGGGAGGCUGCAGAAGAAUGUGGCAUGUGAAUAUCAGGAACUGGAAGUAGGGCUGCAAUGCUGAGUGGUUGAUUAAGCCACUUAAAUCCUCUUCUGAUUCAUUAAAAGGUGUCCUUGGUUAA